AUGGAUUACUAAUGAUAAUGAAUGAAUAUGGAUCUAGAGAUAACAGAUAUGAUCCCUACAUAAACAGCCAUGAAUGUCUUGUAAAUCCCAAUUCUGGGUUUCUAACAAAAUACUCACAUAUACUCAGGGCUGACAUUGAUACCUUCCCGACCCCAGGGAUAGUUGGAUUUUGGCCGGAUAAAGUUCUUGCUAAUAAAUAUCAAGGAUACACUUUUAGAAACUCAAGCGGGAUGUCAAAGAUUACAGAAGCUUUGAAGGAGGCAACAUCCUACUUAGGAUCAAAACAUAAUGGUUGGCAUGAUAUUGGUUCAAGCUGGUUUGGUCCAUCUCAUAAAAUAUUAAAACUAUCCCUGAUGACAGUAGCUCUAUCUAGAUACCUCAGGGUGUACAUGUUUGGACCUGGUACACACUGCCGUUGUGCUAGUUGUACUGCACUACCACAAGACUGCCAAUGGGGUUCAGGACCGUACGCUGGCACUGUUCUGUUAUAUGCUCAGGAAAUUGCAAUGAAUCUUGUUUGGACCCAGGAAGAAUUUGACUCUAUGAAAACAGGAUAUUUGGAUUAUGGAACAACCAGUAACGAGUCAGUUUGUGGGAUGCUCGAGCUUCAUGUUUUCCAUAAUGCUGAGCCGUUUAGUAAAUUCAGUUUUGGAGCUGGGAAGUAUAAAGAAUAUGAUAUGUCCGGUCUGAUUUUGUCUCGAGUUCGUGAUUAUGCGAUGUAUCUAGCCUUGAAAUCAUCAGGACAAGGAAUAGGAGAGAAGAUUGUUUCUCAGAAGUAUUCGAUAGGAAAGGAUGGAUCUUUAGCUGAUGUUUGUAAACAGGACGGAGAUAAAACCAAAGUCGAAUAUAAAGAUGAUGAUACAAAGUCAACAUGAGCCCUUCUUCAUCUUCUUAGAUGGAGGAUAUUAUAAAGUUAUUCAUUCAGAGAAUGUAGACGAUUAUUUGAUAUUAUCCUUGUGUUGCUUUUAUUGCAGUAUGACCUAGACUGUUUAGUGCUUGCAAAGCAGAACUCAGUUUAUUAAACUGCCCACAAUUUUAAUUUUCAAAUUUUCCUGAUGUUGUGAACCUUUGAAAUUUAUAAUUUGUACUUUUUGAUGAAGUAGAAUCCAUAGCUUUAAUAAUUAGGUUGAAGCAAAGUAAUCAGCACUUUCGUAAAAUGUUUUUAGAAUUCUGAAUUUUAAAAUGGUGUGAUAUAUGUAAUAUCUAAACCUUCUGUUUUGUUUAAUGACAAAAAAAGCUAAGUAUUUGGUUCAGAUGAAACAAUUAAAACUUAAAAAUGUCUUUAGUUCAUCUUUUUUCAAUUGUUAUUUCAUAACAUGUUGCCAUAAAUUUGUCUUAACCAAGGUACUAAUGCAAGGAAAGUUAUUUCAGAGGUGUAUGCAAUUUUGCACUGCAGUGUACUGUCUUUGGGCG